UCUUUGUUCGUCUCGUUUCUCGCUCUCCGACUCUCAGUCUCUCACCCUUCACUUUUCUGUCUAAUUCUCACUUGCCCUAACGCUGCCGCCGCUGCCACCAUCCAUCGCCGCCGUAAAGUGCGAAGGCAGGCAACUGAAUCAUUCACCGCCACCACCUAAAACGGCAAAUAGUCAGCUGGAUCGCCUCCCGCCGGCGUACCGCCGUGGUGACUCGAGGUUUGCGGCCACCGUCGCCGCCGCAGCACUACAACUGUGGUGUUGAUGGCGGAAUCACUAUAGAAUUUAGUGACUCAGUGUAGCUUCGCAUCGCAAAUGGCUCUUCUUUCUCGGAAAGGGACUCUUUUUCUGCUCUUUCUGUUCUCGAUCUUCUUGUUAUCGGCAUCAGCAUCUAAUGGUUCGGGAGAAGAAGAAGAAGAGUUCUGGGAAGAGCUGCUACUGAAGCCGUUGCCCGAUCGCAAAGUGCUCUCACAUUUUCACUUCCAGAAUGAGGCUCCUCUCUCCGAUUCCUUCGCCCGUCACCAUCACCUCUUCCCGAAAUCCAUCGCUCAGCUGGUUAAGAAAUUUCAUAUUAAAGCCAUGGAGUUAUCAUUCACACAAGGUCGGUGGAACUAUGAAAGGUGGGGUGGAUUUGAUCCAAUAUCAAGCCAUAAUGCAAAGCCUCCUGGAGUUGAAUUGUGGGCAGUCUUUGAUGUUCCUCCACAUCAAGUUGAUGCUUCUUGGAAAGAUUUAACCCAUGCACUGUCAGGUCUGUUUUGUGCUUCAAUCAACUUCCUAGAGUCUUCCACCACUUAUUCUGCUCCAAAAUGGACAUUUCAGUCAGCUUUAGGUAGUUUAAGAUAUGGGACUCUGCCACGAGAAGCUGUCUGCACUGAGAACCUUACACCUUGGUUAAAACUCCUCCCUUGUAGAGACAAAGCUGGACUCUCUGCCUUAAUGGAUAGACCGUCUAUAUACAAAAGCUUUUAUCACUCCCAGCGGUUGCAUUUAACACAAGCCAAGACUGGUGCAGAUCCGAAAAAUUCAAGAGUUGUUCUAGAGCAAACACUUACAGUUGUACUUCAUCCCAAUAUUCUGACUGGUGGUACUAAUUAUGUUAGUGAAGCAAAGAUGCAACCAAGUUGGUCUCUGAGUUCAAUAUUUGGAAGAAAAAUCAAUGGAAAAUGUGUUCUUGCCAAAUCAAGUAAUGUUUAUCUCCAAGUUGAGAGAGGUCUGGUUACACAACUUGAGAAUCUCCAGAGCAGUACUGCUACAUUUGCUGCCAAUGGCACAAAUCUUGAUGAUUUUGGAAGGAAUGUUGGCUUUGAAUUAUCUGUUAAUCCUGACAGGGUACUUAAAGAGGUGGAAAAGAGCUCCUCCAUUCUGUAUGAAUAUCCAAUCAAAGUGCACAAAGACAGUGAGCAAUUUGAUUUAGGCAUUACAUGGAAGCAUCCUGUUAUUUGGUCAACCCCACAUGCGCCUUUAUAUGCCAGUAGGUUUCUAAUGGGCAGUGGAAACGAAAGGGGUGCCAUUGCAAUAUGCAUGAAGUCAACAGAAUCUGCUCAAGGGUUAGUUGCAGCCAAUUAUGUUGACCAGAGAUGUAAUUUUCAAGUUAAUGUUCUUCAAAUUGUGCCUUGGUAUAUUAAGGUGUAUUAUCACACUUUACAAUUAUUUGUGGAUGAAAAGCCUCAAGUACUCACAGACUUUGUUGAGAGAAUGCGUGUUUCACCUUCUGAAGACAAAGUAUCACCAGGGUUGAUGGAACUGGUCCUCAAAUUGCCCUGUGAGGUUAAGUCAGCAGUAUUGAAUAUAGAGUUUGAUAAGGGCUUCUUGCACAUUGAUGAGUACCCUCCAGAUGCUAAUCAAGGAUUUGACAUUCCAUCAGCAAUAAUAAGCUUUCCUGACUUCAAUGCUGGCCUGCAAUUUUCUGAUAACUCUCUAAGCAAGACCCCAAUGUUGUCCAAGUUACAGGAAAGGAGUCCUGUUAUCUCAUACACGGAAGUUUUGCUUGUACCCUUGACAACCCCGGACUUCAGUAUGCCUUAUAAUGUCAUAACAAUUACAUGCACAGUUUUUGCAUUGUAUUUUGGAUCUUUGUUAAAUGCACUCCGGAGACGUGUUGGAGAGGAGGAAAGGCGCCUGAAUGAUAAAGGCGGAAAGAAAGACGCGCUUCUUAAUCGAGUACUAGGUAAAUUAUCUUCCAAGUUCAGAGGGAGAUCAUCAGUGUCCUCUCAGCCAUCAUCAUCGUCGUCAUCAUCCCUCGUUAGCCCAAAAUUGAUUCUUAGAGUACUGUUAGUUGCAGGAAUUGCUGUUGCAUGGCAAUACUACUCAUAACUAGGUACUACUUUCGGUGUUAAAUUAUGUACAUUACAAGCCUUUACUUCCACUGCUAAAUGUACUUCAUUCAUAUAUCUAUGUUUCUGUUUGAUCAAGUUAACGUUUGUACAUCACCAAAUUGAUUGUAUCAAAAUUUUGACGAUUGAUGUUAAUUUUGAUUAUUAUGACAAAGUAGAAGUCACACUACCUUUUUUGC